UUUCCCCCUUCCUUCCCUUUUCAAAAAUUCGAAAACUCCCCUUCAAGGUCAAGCGCCAUGCCCUCCUCCAAGUCCAAGCUCGCGCCCCCCCUGCACCCUCAAUCUCCGGCAUCUCAGCCCCUUUCCCUCUCCCUUCCACCUACAGUGUCCGCCGCCGAUGACGACGACGACGAUUUCCAGAGCCCCACCUACGCUCUGCCUCUACCCACAUCGACAUCCACCAAAAAGCUCAGCAGCUCCCAGCCUCGACCACCCCUCAAACCCUCCAAUUCCAACACCUCCCUCCGCUCUUCCAAGAGACUGAAGCACUCCAUCAACCCCGGCAAGGAAAAUCUGCCGUCCGAUUCUGAUAAGAUUUGCAGUUCCAUAGCCGAAUCGCAGGUAGACUGCACUUCUGGGGUUGUUUCUGAUCAUUGCGAGCGAAUAUGCGAAGAAGAAUUGAAAGUAAAUGGGGGGUACUUGUCCAAUUCAAUAGAGUCGAGGUUGAUGGUGACGAGAUUAGACAGCAGGUCCGUCGUCGGUAAUGCCGGCUUGAGCGACGACGAAUCUGAGGACUUUGAGCCUGGUACUCAGCUUGAGGCGUUACUCAACUUGUGUUCUCAUGGGGAUGUUGAAGAUAAUUCCAGCGGAGUAGACUUUCAAGAACAUGGAUCCGGCGGGGGCCUUGUCCAUUGCCCUUUAUGUGGUGUUGACAUUUCUGAUUUGAGUGAAGAACUACGACAGGUUCAUACUAACGAUUGCCUUGACAAAGGGGAUUCUGAAAAUGUUGUUUCUGCUGACGAUAGAGGACCUCAAUUUUCACAUCAAAUUGUUGAUGACUCUUCUGCUCAAUCUUCUCGUCAAGCCAUGGAUGUUCCUCCUGUUCUUGUUUGGCUCCGUAAUCUGGGUCUAGGCAAAUAUGAAGAAGUCUUUAAACGGGAAGAGAUUGAUUGGGACACCCUACAAUGGCUCACAGAAGAGGAUCUCCUCAGCAUUGGUGUUACUGCGCUUGGUCCUAGGAAGAAGAUCUUACAUGCCCUUGCUGAAUUAAGGAGAGGCAGUACACAUACCAUUGAUAUGUGCGCAGGCACUUCUAAAUCUAAUGUGGAGGAAACCAGUAAAGUAGCUGGAAGCAAGUUGAUUACUGAUUAUUUUGCAGGCUCUGUUGCUGAUAGGAACAAAUGUUGUGCUAUCUCUAAUGUGCAACGUGUGAAAGAAAAAAGUUGCUCAGUUUCUGGUCGUAAACAGGUUAAUAAUCGCAUAAAGAAUGGAAAGCUCCGGGACGUUCCUUUGUGGUGCUGCAUACCAGGAACACCAUUUCGAGUGGAUGCUUUUCGUCAUCUUAGAGGAGACUGUUCCCAUUGGUUUCUUACUCACUUUCAUAUGGAUCAUUAUCAAGGCCUUACAAGGUCCUUUUGUCAUGGGAAAAUCUAUUGCUCCUUGAUCACAGCGAGGCUUGUUAGCAUGAAGAUUGGGAUCCCAUGGGAUAUGUUACAAGUUUUGCCCCUCAACCAAAAGAUUAGUGUUGCUGGUAUUGGUGUGACUUGCUUGGAUGCAAACCACUGUCCGGGAUCAAUAAUAAUACUCUUCGAACCCCCCAGUGGUAAGGCUGUUCUACACACAGGGGAUUUUCGUUUUAGUGAGGAAAUGACAAGCAUGCCUGCUUUACUGAAGUGCCCUAUCCACACUCUCAUUCUUGAUACCACUUAUUGUAAUCCCCAGUAUGACUUCCCAAAGCAGGAGGCUGUGAUACAGUUUGUCAUUGAGGCCAUCCAAGCAGAAGCUUUCAACGUGAAGACUCUCUUUCUUAUUGGUAGCUACACAAUUGGAAAGGAAAGACUGUUCUUGGAGGUUGCUCGUGUUCUCCGUAAGAAGGUUUAUGUCACUGCAGCAAAGAUGCGUCUUUUGGAAUGUUUGGGGCUCCCUGAGGAGGACCUGCAGUGGCUUACAUCAAAUGAACAGGAAAGCCAUGUUCAUGUUGUGCCAAUGUGGACACUUGCAAGCUUCAGACGAUUGAAACACAUAUCCAAUCAAUAUGCGGCUCGAUUCAGUCUUAUUGUUGCCUUCUCUCCCACUGGUUGGACAUUUGGUAAAGGAAAGAAGUCUCCAGGGCCGGGGCGAAGGUGGCAGCAGGGAACCAUCAUAAGGUAUGAAGUUCCAUACAGCGAGCAUUGUAGCUUUACUGAACUGAAGGAAUUUGUCAAGUUCAUAUCUCCGGUAAACAUCAUACCCAGUGUUAAUAACGACGGGCCAGAAUCUUCCAAUGCCAUGGUUGCUCUUUUAUCUUGAUUUGUCGCCUAAAACGGGGAUGCUCAUUUUUUUUGUUGUUUUUAAUCUAGUAAGCGAAGAUUGAAAACAGGCCUUGGGUCUUUGUUUUUGUCAAGAUCCUUGGUCAACUUGCAGUGCAAUGAACGAUGAAGAUGAGUUUGCACCAUGAAUCGUGCUUUGGCUGUAAACUACCCAACACAGAAACCCUCAUCUCCUCAAAUCACCAUCAAGCACAGCAAUAUUAAUAUAAUCUUCUCAUUCAAGUUGGAAAUCUGCAUUUGAGAUGAUGGGUGGCUUCGAAUUGGAUCUGCAUUUCCUAGAAGUUCAUUGCUUCUUGAACUUAAAGGAUGGGCCAAUGCAAAAAAAAAAAAAAAAACUCAUUGAAAUAGCAAGUACCUGUUUGUUCUUUGUUUCUGCUAUGCUUCAAGCCUGCUUCAUAGAAACACCCAAUGUACCAUUUGAAUGAGUUUUUAUAGUGAAUCUCUGCUUCAUAGAAAUUCCUAUAUUUUAAUGGAAAAGCUCUAAUCAAUUGGAUGGUCAA